AUGCCGGACGUCGUUCACUCCCAAUGUGAGGGACUUGACGUUGUUUGUGUCGAAUUUGAGGAGCUUGACGUCGUUCGUUACCAAUUUGGAAAGUGUCCAUUAGGAUGGGAGCCAUUUCAACUAAACUGUUACCAGUUUAAUCUAUAUCCACCGCGAAAUUACAAAGACGCAUACGCAUCGUGCCUGGUAAAUGGAGCCAGCCUGGUAACUGUGGAGACAUUGACAGAACACCAGUUUAUUACCAACUGGUUGAAACAGCAUUAUCUUUACAGAUACAUGUUUUACACAAGCGGUAAGAGAAACCCCUCCUCACCGAGUAGCUUUACCUGGACAGCAACAAACUCAUAUGUCUCACAUACCACUUCGUAUUGGCUCUCCGAACGCGAACACAAUAAAACUGGGUCGUCUAUAAUCUACGCCAUGCAGGGUGUACGUGUGGGCUGGACGGUAUCUUCUGAGAAUAAGAAAAUUGCUUACAUAUGCGAAAUUAGUAAAUCUGAAAGCUACAGAAUCAUUCAGGAGGACCGUGGACAAGAAUUUGGUGAAAUUGUCUCAAACCUUAAUGAUAUAAAGCGCGGACCUCUUAUGACCACUGAACCCGAAAACACUUACACCAUUAAAAACGAAAUAACCAGUACUUACCUGGAGUGUAAAGCGGAUGGAAAUCCUUUAGUUAGUUAUUCUUGGUACCGAGGAGCGAAACAGAUCACAAGUGCCACGGACGCCAGAUACACAAUCACAAAUGGCAAAUUGACUUUUACUAAUCCUCAAGAAUCUGAAGACGCUGGUACUUACCAGUGCCAUGCAACAAACGAAUAUGGCACCAUUCUUAGUUCGCCAGCACAACUUUCGUUUGCCAAUAUUGGUGAGUUUUCAACCCUUGAACCGGAAGCAGUGAUAACGAAAGCUUAUGAUUCAGCCAUUGUUGUAUGCAGUAACAUUGCCUACAAACCAGCUGUCCGAUACCAGUGGACGAAAGGCGAUGGUUCUAAUUUCCUCCGACCCGAACUGCAACGGUAUAUAUUCAUCUCAAACAACGGCAAGUUGUAUUUUUCGGAAAUCACACGAGAUGAUGCUGGUGAAUAUCGAUGUAUAGUCACCCUGAGCGGCGAUGGUGACACACCCCUGAAAUCGAGCCAACCACCAAGCAGAACCAGUUUACCAAUAAGAGUCAUUGUUGAAACCCAGCCACCCAAAGCCGGCUGGGGUCCAAUUAUUCAAAAUGACUUCAUUGCGGUGUUUCCUUCACCACCUAUGAGAGGAAAUAAUAUCCAGAUGGAAUGCUUUGCCCAAGGAACUUAUACAGAUUCGAACCCACUAUUGUAUUUCUGGUCGAAAGAUGAUAGCGAAUUAUCUCCAAGGGUGAAGUUCAAGAACCUUAACCGUAUUAUGGUGAUUGAAAACGCACAGUUCGAUGACGAGGGUACAUAUCGAUGUAUCGUAAAACGUGGAAGCCAGUCAAAGGAUGAGAAAACAUAUGCAUUGUCAUUAGGCUCAAAGCCAUACUUUAUAUAUCCACUGAAAUCACAAUUUCCGGACGCUGGAUCGAAACUGACUUGGUUGUGCAUAGCACAAGGGAAACCGGACCCAACCUAUUCCUGGUACAAGGAUGGUGUACUUCUAAAAUCGAUCCCAGGACAAAUAGACGUGAACGGCAAUGUGUUAACGAUCAAUUCAAUACAAGAGCAAAGGGAUCGCGGAAUGUACCAAUGUGGAGCGAGCAAUCAAUAUGGAAUGACGUUCAGCAGUGCACAGCUAAAGAUUCUCAACUUUCCGCCCAGAUUCAUUCGCUCCCGUCUCCAAGACAUCACCCCGGCAGCAAUGGGGGGAAAUGUUUCCUUGAUUUGCAACCCGGACGCGGCACCGACGGCCGACAUUAGCUGGACUAAAGAUGGAAUGCCGACUGGUAGCAGUAUUGGAAGAGUGACGUUAUUGACGAACGGUAAUCUUGUCAUAACACAAGUGACCAAAUCGGACGAAGGGGUGUACACAUGCACAGCCCGGAAUAAUUUAGGAGAAGUUAAACAAUCGACUCGGUUGCAAGUUAAAGAUCACAUGGUGAUUGUCCAGGGUCCGAAGAAUACGGAAACACUAGUGAAUGAGACAGUCUUUUUUUACUGUACAGUGUCGUACAAUGAUUACUUUGAAACUUUCUUCUCUCUAUUACUUUCACUAUCUCUGUCUCUGUCUCUAUCUCUCUCUCUCUCUCUCUCUCUCUCUCUCUCUCUCUCUCUCUCUCUCUUCACUUUGGUUUUCCUUUUCGUUGUCUUCUUCUUCAUCUUACUUUUCUUCUCCUCCGCCUUCUGUUUUCUCAUCAAUUUCUUCUUCUUCUUCUUCUUCACUUCUGUUCUAUCUUAUUUUCAUUCCUUCUUCUUCCACUUUUCCACUUCUUCCUUAUCCUUCUUUUUCAUCUUUUUCGUCUUCUUCCUUGUCUUCUCUCUCUCUCUCUCUCUCUCUUCCACAGAAACGCUUAAUGUACUAACCAUUUUUCUUUCUUUACUUUGCGCUUCUUUCCUUUUCUAUUCUGGAUCUUUUUUUUUUCUUUCUUUCUUUCUUUUUUUCUUUCUUUUAUUUCCUUUCUUUCUUUCUUUCUUUCUUUCUUUCUUUCUUUCUUUGCGCUUCUUUCCUUUCCUAUUCUGUAUCUUUCUUUCUUUCUUUCUUUCUUUCUUUCUUUCUUUCUUUCUUUCUUUCUUCGUUCAUUCCUCCUUCCUUCCUUCCUUCCUUCCUUUCUUUAUUUCUUCUUUCUUUCUUUUUUUCUUUCUUUCUUCAUUUCCUUCCUUCCUUUCUUCCUUCCUUUCUUUCUUUCUUUCUUUCUUUCUUUCUUUCUUUUUCUUCGUUCAUUCCUCCUUCCUUCCUUCCUUCCUUUCUUUAUUUCUUCUUUCUUUCUUUCUUUCUUUCUUUCUUUCUUUUUUUUCUUUUUUCUUUCUUUCCUUCUUCCUUCCUUCGUUCCUUUCCUCCUUCCUUCCUUCCUUCCUUCCUUUCUUUUUAUUUCUUUCUUUUUCAUUUUUCUUUUCCUUUCCUUCCUUCCUUUCUUUAUUUUUCUUUCUUUUUUUUUUCUUUUCUUUCAUUCUUCUUUCCUUUCCUUCCUUCCUUCCUUCCUUUCUUUAUUUCUUUCUUUCUUUCUUUCUUUUUCUUUUUUCUUUUCCUUUUCUUUUUUCUUUCUUCUUUUUUCUUUCUUUCUUUCUUUCGUUCAUUCAUUUCCUCCUUCCUUCCUUCCUUCCUUUUUCUUUAUUUCUUCUUUCUUUCUUUCUUUCUUUCUUUCUUUCUUUUUUCUUUCUUUUCUUUCUUUUCUUCGUUCCUUUCCUCCAUUCCUUCCUUCCUUCUUUCUUUCCUUCUUUUCCUUCUUUUUUUUAUUUCUUCUUUCUUUCUUUUUUCUUUCUUUCUUUCUUUCUUUCUUUCUUUCUUUCCUUUCUUAUUCUGUAUUCCUUUCUUCCUUCUUUCUUUUCUUUCUUUCUUUCUUUCUUUCUUUCUUUCUUUCUUCGUUCAUUCCUCCUUCCUUCCUUCCUUCCUUCCUUCCUUCCUUCCUUCCUUCCUUUCUUUAUUUCUUCUUUCUUUCUUUCUUUCUUUCUUUCUUCGUUCAUUCCUCCUUCCUUCCUUCCUUCCUUCCUUCCUUCCUUUAUCUUUCUUUCUUUCUUUCUUUCUUUCUUUCUUUCUUUCUUUCUUUCUUUCUUCGUUCAUUCCUCCUUCCUUCCUUCCUUCCUUCCUUCCUUCCUUUCUUUAUUUUUCUUUCUUUUUUUCUUUCUUUCUUUCUUUCUUUCUUUCUUCGUUCAUUCCUCCUUCCUUCCUUCCUUCCUUCCUUCCUUUCUUUAUUUCUUCUUUCUUUCUUUCUUUCUUUCUUUCUUUCUUUCUUUCUUUCUUUCUUUCAUUCCUUCCUUCCUUCCUUUCUUUAUUUCUUCUUUCUUUCUUUUUUCUUUCCUCCUUCCUUCCUUCCUUCCUUCCUUUCUUUAUUUCCUUCUUUCUUUCUUUUUUUUUUUCUUUCUUUUUUUUCUUUUUUCUUUCUUUCGUUCAUUCAUUCCUCCUUCCUUCCUUCCUCCCUCCAUUCCUUCCUUCCUUUCUUCCUUCCUUUCUUUUUUUCUUUCUUUCUUCCUUUCUUUCUUCCUUUCUUUCUUUCUUUCUUUCUUUCUUUUGAUGUCUCCUCUUUCUAUCUCUUACGUACCUGAUACGUUUACUGGUUCUCGUUCUCUCUCUUUUUUCAUUCAUUCAUUCAUUCUGCCUCUCUUCUAUUGA